GUGCCCCAACCUACCAGAUAAAAUGCUGCCACCCACGGUCCAGAUUAAAUAGAUCAGAAUGGCAAUUGCGAAAAUAUAGCUUCAGUCUCUACUGCCCCUGCAACCCCCUCACCAGCCACUUUUCUUACCUUUCUUCCCCCCAUCGGUACCGCCCACCAGAAGAAGAAUCAAAGGGGACUCGAAGACUUUUCCGACCAUGCCCCCGGCUCAUGCGCCUCGCGUGUAUGACUUCUUGCCGCCGCCGCCGGCGGAGGCGGCUGAGCAGGAAGAGGAGGAGUCGGGUUCUCCGCCGACGAGCCCCCCCAUCCUGCUCCUCCCGCCGGACGCCCUCCACAACGUCCUCAGCCGCCUCCCCCUCCGCCAGGCCCUCGCUUGCCGCUCCGUCUGCCGCCUCUUCCGCGAUGCCCUCUCCUCCCCGUCCUUCCUCGCCGCCCUCCCCCCGCUCCGCCUCCUCGCCCUUCGCCACCCCCGUGCCGCCGCUCCUGCCCCCUCCCUCCACGCCUUCGACACCGCCCUCGGUCAUUGGCUCCGCCUCCCCCUCUCCUUCCUCCCCUUCCCCUCCACUUCCCCCGUCACCGCUUCCCCCUCCCUUCUCUACCUCUGGGCCGACACUUCCGCCGCCCCGUCCGCCGCCGGCGACCUUAAGAACCCCAAGUCCCUCGUCCUCUGUAACCCGCUCGCCCGCUUGUACCGCCUCCUCCCCCCACUCGGCUCCGCCUGGUCCCGCCACGGCACCGUCCUCGCCGGCCCCGGCGGCGCUGCCCUCGUCCUCACAGAGCUCGCCGCCAUCGCCUACGACCCCGGCGCUGAUCGAUGGCUCAAGUUCUCCCUCAACCUCCCUUCCAAGCCCCGGAGCCCGAUCCUGAUGGGAGGCGUCGUCUACACCCUCUGCGAUGUCGGCACGCCGUGGCGCAGCCAGUGGAAGCUCUUCUCCUGCGGGCUUCCCGAUCUCGGCGGGCCCCGCGGGUGGGCCCCGAUCGAGCGGCACGAGUGGGGGGACGUCUUCGACAUCCUAAAGCGGCCCCGGCUGCUCCCUGGGGCGGGCGGCGGCCGGAUCCUGAUGAUCGGGGGGCUGCGGUCGUCGUUCGCGAUCGACGCGCCGUGCUCGACGGUCCUGAUCUUGAGGUUGGAUCUGGAGACGCUGGAGUGGGACGAGGCCGGGAGGAUGCCGCCGGAGAUGUAUCGGUGCUUCGGCGGCUUGGUGCCGGGAGCGGUAACUGCGGCGGCGGCGGCGGCGGCUGCAGGGGGGAAUAACAAGGUGAAGGUGUUCGGAGGGGACGGGAGGGUUUGGUUCUCGGGGAAGAGGGUGAGGGGAAAGCUGGCGAUGUGGGAGGAGGAGGCGAUUGGGAAGAAUCGCGGCGGUGUGUGGAGGUGGGUGGACGGUUUGCCGGGUUACAAUGAAGGGGUGUACAGAGGGUUUGUGUUCGAUGCCGGAUUCACUGCCAUGCCCUGAAGUCAUCGUCAAACCAAUUGGUCUCAUCCUUUGUCCCUAAGUUCCGACUCCUUGGGAGCCCCUCAAGCCAUGCUGCUUAUUUGUAUCAAAACAAAGAUGAGGGAGUGGGAAAAUGCACAUGGAAGAUCUGAGAUGGACAAAGCAGCAAUUACAUCACGAGUCAUUGCAAGUGGCAAUAUGACAGUUCUUUUGCCUUAUAGCUUUUGUUCCCAUGAACCUGAUUGAAGUUCUGCAUGAUAAUUUCUUGAGACUGAUGAGAGUGGAGAUACACAGUUAUAUCACUCAGGUUAAUAUUGAGACUUGAGAGUUGAGACUAUGAUAAAUCUGUAUUUAUGCUGUUUUCUUUAAUAGAUCAUUAAACACAAAGUUGCAUAGAUCUUUGGAAAAGGACUGAUUGCCAAGCAACUAGUUAAAUCAUUUGGUUGGUGAAACCCGUUCCAAUUGCCAGAAAAAUAAACGACAGGUGACGUAAGUUUGCAUGCAAA